AUGACAAGCUUAAAAAGAUUUUCUCAACUCAGUCAUAACAAGCCACCUUAACCAAAAUUGCAGAGAUAGAGUUCAUCUUAGCAAAGACCAUUACCAUUAAUAUCUAUUUAAUAAUAAAACUAGUCAAGUGCCUCUAAGAACAAACUUGAAACUAUCAUUGAUAAGCCCCCUUAGUAAAAAAACAAUAAGGCUCUUCAGCAUUUAGAAGAACUAGCUAAAAAGAAGCAGCAGCAAAAGGAACAGGAGGAAUUAGAAAAGAAAAAGAAAAGUGAAUAGAUCAAUAAUGCAAGACUAGAAGUCUAAAAAAGAACCACUCAGCUCCUUUAGUAAAAAAAAUAAGAGGAGGAAGAAAAGAAGAGUUCAUAAAAGGAUGAAGAAGAGAAGGAUCUUAGUGAAGUAAAAAAAUAAAUAGCAGGCCCAUCUGAAGAAUUCCUAGCCAGAAAUGAUAAAUUAAAGCCUAAUUAGCCUACUAUAACUGAUAGGAAAGUCUUUCUCAAAAGAUACAACUUACCUAUCGAACAAAAGAUAUUCAUAGUUGUCGGUGGUUAUUCAACUUUAAAAAAGGCUUUAGUAGAAAGAGGCUGGUUCGAAAACCCUGAUAGAAAUUCCCCAGUAUUUGACCUUAAAUUUGCAAUAAAGUAAAGUGAUGUUUGCAACUCUGAAAUUUAAGACUAUCAAAUAGUUAAUCACUUUCUUAAGAACAAUUUGAUUACAACUAAAGUUGGCUUAUGCCAUAGUUUGAAGAAUUUAGUCUGGUGGAAUAAUGUAGAAGUAGACUCUUUCUUUCCUAAGUGUUUUGAUCUAACAGAGGGUGAGGAAGGUGAAGACUUUAAAAAUGAGUUUAGGUUUAUCAAGGCUGAAUGUAUUCUUAAGAACUUUGUAAGAGAUAAGAAAGUUAAGCACAUAGAGAGACUUCUAGUGGCUAUUCAAAUAUGUGAAAAAAGAAUGAAGGAUGUUGAUGAUUAGCUAGAUGAUCCAGUAAUAUUAUUUAUGGGUUUAAUAAUGUUGAUAUAGAAACUAGAAUUGGUAGUUACUGAGAAGGAAUGGGAAGUUAUUUAGAAGGAUAAAGGAAAUGAAUAAAUACUAGAAUAAGUCAAGGCAUAAAAAUGGUUCAAAAGACUAGAAGAAAGAUUUAACUCUAUGUUCGAAGAAUAUAAAUAAGAGAAUCCUUAGAUUGCUGAUUCUAUUAAUGAGGAGAAUUUUGAAGAUGUCAAGAGUGAAUUUUAUCUAAGGAUAGUAGAUAAUAUAUUGAAAGAAUUCGAAUAAAGAUUCCCUUAAUUCAAACUUAAUGGAAAUUUAAAUAUGUGGCUAGUAAAGCCAGGUGGACAGUCAAGAGGAAGAGGAAUUAAAGUAUUCAGAGGAUAUGAUAAAAUGAUGAAUCAUAUAAAAUCAGUAAAAGGUAGGUCAUUUGUUGUUCAAAAGUACAUUGAGAAUCCUCUUAUUGUUAUGAAGAAAAAAUUUGAUGUGAGAUAGUGGGUAAUGGUAACUGACUGGAAUCCACUUACUGUCUGGAUAUAUAAGGAAUGCUAUAUUAGAUUUUCUCCAAUUGACUAUGACAUCACAAAGCUUAAUGAUAAAUUUAUGCACUUGACUAAUAAUGCAAUAGUCAGUAAAUGUGAUGAGUUUCAUGAAAGUGAAAUUGAAGGAAACAUGUGGGGUUGUGAUGAGUUCAGUGAUCAUCUCCAAGAACAGUUUGGCAGUGAUGUUUUCUAAGAAAUUAUCUGGCCCUAGUUUUGUAAGUAUGUGACUUGCAGUCUUGAAAGUGUUUAAGAUAUGGUUGACAACAGAAAGAAUUCUUUUGAAUUUUUAGGUUAUGACUUCAUGAUAGACGAAGAUUUGAAAGUUUGGCUUAUAGAACAUGUAACUGAAAGAUUAGUAAAACUUGUUUUAAAUGAUUUGCCCAAAAUCAUUUUAGAUUAUCCAAGGGCAAAGAAAAAGAAGAAAUGUGAUACUGGAGGUUUUGUUCUGUGUCACAAGGCCAAAAUGUAGGUUGAAAAACCAAUGAAUGGUAUGGUCACCAAUCUCGCUCUAGAGGGUAAAAAGAUUACAAAGUGA